AAUUAUUGGAAUAACCAUUUCUCCGUUUAGACCCUUCUUCCCAAUUUUCCUCUAAUAUUUCUUUUUUUCUUUAGCCUUAAGUAGCUUUCUCCCUCAUCUGACUUCUCUUCAUCUUCCUCCUCCUCCUUCUUCUUCUUCUUCUUCAGCUGCUAAAAAUUUGCAUUCUCCAAGCAAUACUCCAAAGUUUUAUAGCAACAAGAACCCUAUAUAUUGCCGUGUUUACUGUUUUUCCUUUUUUUCAAAGUCUUGUAUUGAUGGAGACUUCAAGUGUUGACACAAAUCCGAAUUCUAAUUCAUCAUCUCCACCUACUUCUAAUUCAAGCACCUUCGGAUUUAAUCUCACUCCACUUCGAGUCUUGAGGUACCCGCUUUCUACUUUCCUUGAAUACUCCGGUUUGCUCCGGGUCCGACCCGACAACCCUGAAGCGGAUUUGCUCAUUCCUGAUAAUAACCGUAUUCCCGAUAACUCUGAAUCAAUAUCUAGUAGUGGUGACAGUAAUGCUAGUAGUACCGGCGAAGUUUCAAUUAGGAUAAUUGAAAAUGAUGGGGUUAGGAGUGAGGGUGUUGGUGUUGAUGUUGAUGUGAUGGAGGAGAGGGGUUCUAGUUCUACGGGGAGUGGGGGUAAUAGGGAUUCUUCUUCCUCAUACCAAAGGUAUGAUAUACAGCAGGCUGCAAGGUUGAUUGAGCAGAUUCUUCCUUUUUCCUUGCUCCUCGUAGUUGUUUUCAUCCGCCAACACUUGCAAGGUUUCUUUGUCACAAUUUGGAUCACUGCCUUCAUGUUCAAGUCAAAUGACAUUCUUCGAAAGCAGACAGCUCUAAAGGGGGAGAGAAAGAUCACUGUCCUUCUUGGUUAUUUUCUGGUGUAUAUGCUUCAUGUUAUUGGAAUCUAUUGGUGGUAUCACAAAGAUGAUCUUUUCUAUCCAUUACUUAUGGUACCCCCGAAAGUUAUUCCACCUUUUUGGCAUGCUAUUUUCGUCAUCCUGGUAAAUGAUACAAUGGUGCGGCAGGCAGCAAUGGCUUUGAAAUUGGCACUGCUUAUGUAUUACAAGAAUGGCAGGGGCCACAAUUUCCGCAGACAGGGCCAAAUGCUGACUUUGGUGGAGUAUACCCUGCUUCUAUACCGUGCAUUAUUACCGGCUCCUGUCUGGUAUAGGUUCUUUCUCAACAAAGAAUAUGGAAGCCUUUUUUCAUCAUUGACAACAGGAUUGUACUUGACGUUUAAGCUUACAUCAAUUGUUGAGAAGGUUCAAUCAUUCCUUACUGCUUUGAAGGCAUUGUCAAUUAAGGAAAUCCAUUAUGGGUCACAUGCCACACCUGACCAGGUAACUGCAGCUGGUGAUCUAUGUGCUAUUUGCCAGGAGAAGAUGAAUGCACCAAUUUUGUUGCGUUGCAAACACAUCUUUUGUGAAGACUGUGUCUCAGAAUGGUUUGAUAGGGAAAGAACUUGCCCUUUGUGCAGAGCCUUGGUCAGACCUGCUGAUCUAAAAUCUUUUGGAGAUGGAUCGACUAGCCUUUUCUUCCAGUUAUUCUAAAUAUAGAUGUUACACCAGAGUGAAUAUCUUUCCGUGGUAGUGGGAAUAUCCUCGACUUGCCAGUUCCUGAGUUAUGAAAUUACCUGAUUCUGGGGGUUGCCCUGUUAAGGUUUCCACGAGGAUGUUGCGUAAGAAUGGGCUAUGCUCUUGAUGCAGUUUCUCUGAGGAUUUGGCGGGGAUGAGAGGAUGUCCUGAUCCAAUAACAGUACAUAUUGUGCUUCAUUUUUUUAUACAGAAAAUAUUCGUGUAAUGUUAUGUAAUUCAUAAAAUUUAACCACAAGCAUUAAAAUUUUGUUUCUUUUUCAGGCCUGUACAGUUCCUCAUCAUCAUUUCAACUUGAGAAAAAUUAAUAUCCUAGUAUAUUCCAUGUA